AUGAUGAUAUCCAGGGGUUUAUUCGGUUGGUCGCCUCCGCAUAUCCAGCCAUUGACGCCCGUUUCCGAAGUAUCGGAGCCGCCCGAGUCGCCCUCGCCAUACAUGGACAUGGGCACAGGGGAAGCUGAGCCGGUGGAGGUGGAGGAGGAGAUCGACCCAGAGGGUGAGGAGAUGGAGCCCCCGCCAGCGGCCGUGCCCUUCUCUAGGCUUUUUGCGUGUGCGGACAAUUUCGACUGGUUUCUAAUGUUUGUGGGGUCCGUUGCAGCUGCCGCCCAUGGUACUGCCCUCGUCGUCUACUUGCAUUAUUUUGCAAAAAUUGUUCAGCUGCUUCGAUUCCAGGGCCCUGACCGAUCUGAUGAUCGGCUCUUCCACGAAUUCACAGAGCUCACUUUAAUCAUUGUUUACAUUGCUGUGGGAGUUUUUGUUGCGGCUUGGAUUGAGGUAUCCUGCUGGAUACUAACUGGAGAACGACAGACUGCUGUAAUAAGGUCAAGAUAUGUCGAAGUUCUACUUAAUCAAGACAUGAGCUUUUUUGAUACUUAUGGGAACAAUGGAGACAUUGUGAGCCAAGUAUUGAGUGAUGUAUUGCUCAUCCAGUCCGCCCUGAGUGAAAAAGUAGGAAACUAUAUUCACAAUAUGGCCACUUUCUUUAGCGGUCUCAUCAUUGGAUUUGUCAACUGCUGGCAGAUAGCUCUUAUUACUUUAGCCAGUGGUCCAUUAAUUGUUGCUGCUGGAGGGAUAUCAAAUAUCUUUCUGCACAGGCUCGCUGAAAAUAUCCAAGAUGCGUAUGCUGAAGCCGCAAGUAUUGCGGAGCAGGCAGUUUCCUAUAUUAGAACUUUGUAUUCAUUUACCAAUGAAACGCUGGCAAAAUAUUCGUACGCUACUUCACUUCAAGCGACACUUAGAUAUGGAAUACUGAUAAGUCUUGUUCAAGGGCUUGGACUUGGUUUCACAUAUGGCCUUGCAAUCUGUUCAUGUGCCUUGCAACUAUGGGUAGGCAGGUCUCUUGUUACUCAUGAAAGAGCCCAUGGGGGAGAAAUAAUAGCAGCCCUGUUUGCUGUGAUACUGAGCGGACUUGGAUUGAAUCAAGCGGCAACAAACUUUUAUUCUUUUGAACAAGGGAGAAUUGCUGCCUACAGAUUGUUUGAGAUGAUUAGUCGGUCAUCUUCUACAGUCAAUCAUGACGGGCUUACUCUUGCUUCUGUUCAAGGAAAUAUAGAGUUUCGAAAUGUAUAUUUCAGUUACCUGUCUCGCCCUGAAAUUCCAAUUUUAAGUGGUUUUUAUCUCACUGUGCCAGCCAAAAAGGCUGUAGCACUUGUUGGCAGAAAUGGGUCUGGGAAAAGCAGUAUUAUUCCACUGAUGGAGAGAUUUUAUGAUCCAACCUUGGGUGAAGUCCUCUUGGAUGGUGAAAAUAUAAAAAAUCUGAAGUUGGAGUGGUUAAGGAGCCAAAUUGGCUUAGUUACCCAGGAACCUGCGUUGCUGAGUUUAAGUAUCAAAGACAAUAUUGCUUAUGGGCGGAAUGUCUCUUUAGAUCAGAUUGAAGAAGCUGCCAAAAUAGCACAUGCACAUGCAUUUAUCAGUUCUCUAGAUAAAGGAUAUGAUACAGAGGUUGGUCGGGCUUCUCUAGUGAUGACUGAGGAACAGAAAAUUAAACUUUCUGUUGCUAGGGCUGUACUGUCUAAUCCAUCUAUUCUGCUUCUGGAUGAAGUCACGGGUGGACUUGAUUUCGAAGCUGAGAGAUCAGUUCAGGAGGCUUUGGAUGUUCUCAUGUUGGGAAGAUCAACAAUAAUAAUUGCUAGACGGCUAAGUCUUAUUAAAAAUGCUGAUUAUAUUGCUGUGAUGGAGGAAGGUCAACUUGUUGAAAUGGGUACACAUGAGGAAUUGAUGAGCUUAGAUGGCCUUUAUGCCGAGCUUCUCAAAUGUGAAGAGGCUACAAAACUUCCUCGGAGCAGUAUUUUUCAAGAACCAUCAUCCCCUAAAAUGGCCAAGUCACCAUCUCUCCAGAGAGUUGCUGGCCACCACAUGUUUCGGCCUACUGAUAUUACGUAUAGCUCACAGGAGUCCCCCCAAAUUCUUAGCCCACCCCCAGAAGAAAUGAUUGAAAAUGGUUCGACAGAUAAAGAGCCAACGAUAAAGAGGCAGGAUAGUUUUGAGAUGCGACUACCUGAGUUGCCUAAGAUUGAUGUUCAUUCCGCACAGCGACCAACAAAUGCUUCAGAUCCCGAGUCUCCUAUUUCCCCACUUUUGACAUCGGAUCCCAAAAAUGAGCGUUCUCAUUCACAAACAUUUAGCCGACCACUUAGACAAUUUGAUAAUGUUCCUACUACUGUGAAAGAAGCGAAGGGGACCUCCUCUUCUCUGGGGGAGCCAUCCUUCUGGAGGCUUGUGGAGCUUAGCCUUGCCGAGUGGCUCUAUGCUGUUUUAGGGAGCACUGGUGCUGCCAUCUUCGGCUCAUUCAAUCCUGUUCUUGCUUAUGUUAUUGCACUUAUCGUAACAGCAUACUACAGAACAGAUGAGAAGCAUCAUGUACGGCAAGAGAUAGACAGGUGGUGCUUAAUCAUUGCUGGCAUGGGAAUUGUAACUGUAAUUGCCAACUUUUUGCAGCACUUUUACUUUGGUAUAAUGGGGGAGAAAAUGACUGAACGCGUUCGAAGAAUGAUGUUCUCUGCAAUGCUUCGGAAUGAAGUUGGGUGGUUCGAUGAAGAAGAGAACAGUGCUGAUAACCUGUCCAUGCGACUUGCUAAUGAUGCUACUUUUGUGAGAGCUUCUUUCAGCAAUCGACUUUCGAUAUUCAUACAAGAUAGUGCAGCUGUUGUUGUUGCUGUUCUCAUUGGAAUGUUUUUGGAGUGGCGGUUGGCACUUGUGGCCUUAGCUACUCUGCCUGUUCUUAUAGUUUCUGCUAUAGCACAGAAAUUGUGGCUUGCUGGAUUUUCAAAGGGUAUCCAGGAGAUGCAUAGGAAAGCUUCUUUGGUCUUGGAGGAUGCUGUUAGAAAUAUUUAUACCGUUGUAGCAUUUUGCGCUGGAAACAAAGUAAUGGAGCUCUAUAGAGUUCAACUUCGGAGAAUAUUCACGAAAAGCUUUCUCCAAGGAAUGGCUAUCGGUUUUGCAUUCGGCUUUUCUCAGUUCCUUCUUUUUGCCUGCAAUGCUCUUCUCCUUUGGUACACUGCUCUCUCUGUGAAGAAAGGGUACAUGAGUUUGGCCACAGCACUAAAAGAGUACAUGGUAUUCUCUUUCGCAACAUUCGCAUUGGUCGAGCCUUUCGGUUUGGCUCCAUACAUUCUUAAAAGGAGGAAAUCCUUAAAAUCCGUCUUCGAGAUUAUCGACCGAACCCCUAAAAUCGACCCUGACGACAAUUCAGCCUUGAAGCCGGCAAACGUUUAUGGAAGCAUCGAAUUGAGAAACGUCGACUUUUGCUAUCCCACUCGGCCGGAGGUCUUGAUACUCAGCAAUUUUAGUCUCAAAGUCAAUGGUGGUCAAACUGUGGCUGUCGUUGGCGUUUCGGGUUCGGGAAAGAGCACAAUUAUAUCGCUGAUAGAGAGAUUCUACGAUCCAGUUGCCGGUCAGAUACUACUCGACGGGCGAGAUUUGAAAUCUUACAACUUGAGAUGGCUAAGAAACCACCUGGGUCUCGUUCAGCAGGAGCCCAUCAUAUUCGCAACAACCAUAAGAGAAAAUAUCAUAUACGCUAGGCAUAAUGCAAGUGAAGCCGAGAUGAAAGAAGCCGCGCGAAUAGCAAAUGCUCAUCAUUUCAUAAGCAGUUUGCCUCACGGUUACGACACUCAUGUCGGGAUGAGGGGUGUCGAUUUAACGCCCGGACAGAAGCAAAGGAUCGCGAUUGCUCGGGUUAUUCUUAAAAACGCGCCUAUUUUGCUGUUGGAUGAAGCCAGCUCAUCGAUUGAAUCUGAGUCGAGCAGGGUCGUGCAGGAAGCUCUGGAUACUCUGGUAAUGGGGAACAAGACCACGAUUCUUAUUGCUCAUAGAGCGGCUAUGAUGAGACACGUUGACAAUAUAGUUGUUCUUAACGGUGGUCGAAUCGUAGAAGAAGGGACACACGACACUCUAAUGGCGAAGAAUAGUUUGUAUGUUCGCCUGAUGCAACCGCACUUUGGUAAAGGGAUGAGGCAGCGUAGGCUCAUUUAA